AAAACAGUGCUACAUACAGCUUCUUUGCAUAUCCUGUUUCUCGGACUCGGAUGAUGAUAGCCAUCAGGAGAGGAGGCUCCCCGGGUCUACGCUGCAUAGAUGCUCGGACAGCUGAACUAAACUAAAAACAAGAACGGAAAAGGGAAGAUAUCCAAUGAUGGACGGGUUCCCUGUGGGCAUGCCAAAUGGCAACCAAUCUCUGAUCAGCGAGGACAGCUCAGUGAUGGCUCGCAUGCAGAAGAAGUUCUGGAAGACCAAGCAGGUCCUCAUCAAAGCCACAGGCAAGAAGGAGGAUGAGUAUGUGGUAGCCUCAGAUGCUGACCUGGACGCCAAGCUCGAGUUCUUCCGCUCGGUUCAGGCCACAUGCACGGAGCUGCUGAAAGUGAUUGAGCGGUACCAGCACAGGAUUACACGGUUGUCUCAGGAGGAGAACGAGCUCGGCCUGUUUCUGUGCUUCCAGGCUGAACAUAAUCGCACCAAGGCUGGCAACAUGAUGGGUGCCACCAGCAAGGCCCUGUGUACCUCCGCCAAGCAGAGGAUGGCACUUUGCCCACCACUGCACCGUUUGCACCAGGAAGUGGAGACAUUCAGGCAGCGCGCCAUUGCAGACACGCUGCUGACGGUCAGUCGUAUGGAGAAGGCCCGCACCGAGUACAGAGGAGCUCUGCUAUGGAUGAAGGAUGUGUCCCAAGAGCUGGACCCGGACACCUACAAACAGCUAGAAAAGUUCCGCAAGGUCCAGGCCCAGGUCAGAGGGACAAAGGGCCAGUUUGAGAAGCUGAAGAAUGAUGUAUGUCAGAAGGUGGACAUGCUGGGAGCAAGUCGCUGCAACAUGCUAUCCCACUCCCUCUGUACCUACCAGACCACUCUGCUGCAGUUCUGGGAGAAGACCGCCCAUGCCAUGUCGGAAAUCCACGAGGCCUUCCGUGGACAUGUACCAUACCAGUUCACCACACUCAAGGACCUGCGAGACCCACUGGAGCAGAUAACAGACUCGCAGAAACAAGAGGACAAGACAGAGGAGCCUGUACAAAGCAAUGCAGACAAACUGUUGUCCUUGGAUGAGGAGAAGCCAUCAGGAAGUAUGUCUGAUGGAGACCCUGCCCACAGCAGUGAUAGACAGAGCAGGGACAGUGUGCACCGAAACAAUACCACAUCCACUCCAGCCCUGCGCGACCUCAGUGGACUGUCGGCAGGCCCUGGUGACGACCUGAUGCUCAUGGCCUGUGAUGUGCCACAGCUCCCAGACACAGCAAACGUCCCACUCCAGCGUCAGCCCCUGCCUCCUCCUCCUCAGACUAGAGACCUGACUGAGCCCUGGGGCUUUGGAAGCCUCCAGUCUAACCAGUCACAGCUUCCUGCUAUUGGUGGCGAUCUGCUCUCAGGUGGCCUUCUCUACCUUGUGGGGAAAGAGCCAAGACUGGAGGAUGAAGACAGCGAGAGGGGUGACAUGGCUUUCCUAAAAGACCUCCUCAGUCCAGGUCCAGGGGUCAGCGAUGAGUUCAGCAAAGAGUGGCAGGAUGCUUUUGGAAUGUUUGACCCUCCCAGUGUCCCUUCUGUAGCCUUAGGGGCAGCAAGCAGCAGGCAAGCAGCAGCGUGUUUGCCCUCUGACUCCCACAGCCCCACAGGUUUCCUGCCCUCCCAGCUGCUGGAUCACAGUCUGAGCGCCACAGGCUGGUCAACCCCACCUAUGUUUGAGGCUCUACCUCUGCAAACUCCUGGUCACAACCAGUUGUGACAGGUCAUUCUGUCCCCUGAUGACCUGUGUAUGUGUGUGUGAGCAGCUGCAUCCAAAGACAUGUCAGCCUGGUUCAACCUGUUUGCAGACCUGGACCCCCUUUCCAACCCCGACGCCAUUGGACGUUCUGCUGAUGAGCUGCUCAAUGCCUGAAGCUCUGUAUAUGUAUGUGUGUGUGUGAUUUCUAUUAAAGGAUCUGGUUUUCAGCAACUUUUCAUCAACACACAGGCGUUAUGGCCACAUGCACAUGCACCCACGUGUGUUACCAGGAGAGUUGUGUACAUGUUACACUGGAAUAUGAUGUUUUAUUCUGGAAAAAUGAAACACUGUUAUCAGUGGGCACCAGCUGCUCUCUGCAGCUUGGAAGCUGUUAACAGGCAGAAGACACUAAACAUGAAGUUACUGACUCAUGCACACAUGUGAUUUGUGUUACCUUACACUAUGUGUUAUUGCAGCCUCUCAAGCAGAGUGAAUGUUUGGCUUACAGCAUUGUUUGUUUUUCUCUGUUUUAUUAUGUUUGUGGUGUUUGGGUGUGUGUCCACGUCACCUGGGACCCAGGAUGUAAAAAUAAAAUAUUUACUCUAUAAUCUUGUUUAUACAUAGUAGCACAUGAUUGUCACAUAUGAAUAAAGAGGGUAUAUAUAUUGGA